AUGGAUUCAAGAUCAAGCUCAGGAGGGCCGGAGCUGAAGCGCCUGCCCGCCCGCCAAGGAGGCGGAAAUUACUCUCCUUUUCUGCUCGCUCCUCUCCCCUCUUCCCUUUUUACAGGUUCAAGAUCACGCUCAGGACGGACGGUUCAAGAUAAAGUUACGAACGAAGACAAUGCUAUUCGGGUGGCUCGUGCGCGAUCGCACCACUGGAAGGGCGCGGAGCUGAAGCGGCUGCGCGGCAAGGAGGCGGAGAUUAGGCGGCAGCAGCAAGACUUCCGGCAGAAGCUCGCCUGGAUCAUGGCCAAACGCGCCAGGUGGGUGGCAUGUGAUGCUAGGGUGGGUGGGGAUGUGAUGCUAGGUGGGUGGCAUGUGAUGCUAGGUGGGUUGGGAUGUGAUGCUAGGUGGGUGGAUGUGAUGCUAGGUGGGUGGCAUGUUAUGCUAGGUGGGUGGGAUGUGAUGCUAGGUGGGUGGGAUGUGAUGCUAGGGUGGGUGGAUGUGAUGCUGGGUGGUGGCAUGGUGAUGCUAGGUGGGUGGCAUGUGAUGCUAGGUGGGUGGGAUGUGAUGCUAGGUGGGUGGGAUGUGAUGCUAGGUGGGUGGGAUGUGAUGCUAGGUGGGUGGGAUGUGAUGCUAGGUGGGUGGGAUGGUGAUGCUAGGUGGUGGCAUGUGAUGCUAGGUGGGUGGGAUGUGAUGCUAGGUGGGUGGCAUGUGAUGCUAGGUGGGUGGGAUGUGAUGCUAGGUGGGUGGCAUGUGAUGCUAGGUGGGUGGGAUGUGAUGCUAGGUGGGUGGGAUGUGAUGCUAGGUGGGUGGGAUCUUGGCCAGGGCGUUCAAGGCUGGGCAGUCCCUCCAGGUAUGGGCAGUCCCUCCAGGUAUGGGCAAUCUCUGCAGGUAUGGGCAAUCCCUGCAAGUAUGGGCAAUUUCUGCAGGUAUGGGGCAAUCAUUGCAGGCAUGGGCAAACGAGUGGGAUGA